UAGAGCUGCUAGCUAGCUUAGCAAGCUCACCGAAAUACAGUACAAUAGUCCAUCCAUGGCGAAGCAGCUCGUCUACCUCUUGACCAUCGUGUCCUUAUCCAUUCCGCUUCUACUGCCACUCCGCUUACAGUGUGAAGCCGCUGCAACAAGCUGCCACCAUGUCGGCGCCGGAGCUGCUGAUGCUGCAGCAGCGGCGGCGGGGAGGAGCUCCGGCGGCAAGGCGGGGAGGCAGCGGCCGCAGGUAAAGGGGAUGUUCGUGUUCGGGAGCUCGCUGGUGGACAACGGCAACAACAACUUCCUCAACGGCUCCGGCGUGCGCGCCGACUACCUCCCCUACGGCGUCGACUUCCCGCUGGGCCCCUCCGGCCGGUUCUCCAACGGCCGGAACGUCAUCGACGCGCUUGGUGAGCUCCUCCACCUCCCGGGGCUCGUCCCGCCCUUCGCCGACCCGCGCACCCGCGGCCGCGCCGCCCUGCGCGGCGUCAACUUCGCCUCCGGCGGCUCCGGCAUCCUCGACCACACCGGCCAGCUCACCGGCGAGGUGGUGAGCCUGCGGCGGCAGAUCAGCAACUUCGAGGCGGUGACCCUCCCUGACCUGCGGGCCCAUCUGCGCGGAGCAGCGGCGACCGCCACCGACCACAGGAUCAAGGGCCAGGAUCCCUUCCAGCGAUGCUACCUGUCCAAGUGCCUCUUCAUCAUUGGGACAGGUGGCAACGACUACCUGUUCAACUACUUCAACCCCAGGAGGAAUGGCUCCGACGACGGCGCGCCGCCCUUGCCGGAGUUCACAAGGUCUAUCAUCACCAAGCUCUCCGCCCAUCUUCAGAGGCUGUACGCUCUGGGCGCGAGGAAGUUUGUGAUCUUCUCGAUCCAGCCGACCGGGUGCACCCCCGUGGUGCGCGCGUUCCUCAACAUCACCGGCGCCGCCUGCAUCGAGCCGGUGAACAACGCGGUGGCGCUCUUCAACUCGGAGCUCCGGCGGCUCGUCGACGGCGCGAGGUCGCGCAUGCCCGCCGCCAGGCUCGCCUACGUCGACUCGUACAAGAUCAUCAAGGACAUGCUGGACCACCCUGCGAAACACGGUGUGAGGGAGACGGGCAGGGCCUGUUGCGAGAUGUCGAGGAGCUCGUCGGGCGUGCUGUGCGAGAAGCAAGGGCCCGUCUGCAGGGACCGGACGGAGUACGUGUUCUUCGACGGGCUGCACCCGACGGACGCCGUCAACGCCGUGAUCGCGCGUAAGGGCUACGGCUCCAGCUCGCCGGAGCACGCCUACCCCAUCAACGUCAAGAAGCUGGCCAUGCUGUAGGCCCGGCCAGCCUGCCCUGUAGCAAUAAUCCUUUGUUAGUAAUUCUUAGUGGAUUAAUCUAAGCCGUGCGUGCAUCUAAUUUGUACUCCCUCCGUUUCAAAUUAUAGGCUGUUUGGAGUGUCCGCGUACAUAAUAAUAUCUAUGAACUUAGAAAAGCUAAAACGGUCUAUAAUUUGAAAUGGAUGGAGUAGCUAGAUUAAGUCUUGUUAGUCAGCAGUCUUGUUAGCACUAGUUGAAAUCAGUGGAUGAUCUGGCGGUAGCCGAACAUCCGAGGCGCGCUGGGCCAGUGUUGCUAUAUAUGGGCUGGAUCCGAAGCACUGGUUUUAGGUGGAAAUCCUAUCCAUGUGCGAGCGUGUGUGUAGUACUUCAGGCCUGUUUGUGGGUGUACAAAGGUUUGGCAUGUUGUAACCAGUUCCAUUGUGUGGAUUUAUGACUACUGUUUGUAGAGAAUUGGCCCUAGAGGUCACAUAGGGCAUGUUUGGUUUGGUACCAAAGUGUGCCCAAGCUAAAUUUUAACUGCUUCGACUAA